CUUUGAGGAGCGUCAUGUCGUGUUGUGAGUGCAGAGCCAGUGAGGACACAGCGCGGGGGAGCAUCCUCUACAGCAUCCUCAACAGAGGCACCGAGGAGACGCCCGCUGCGCACCAGCUCUGCUCCUGCGCCUCCAAGAGGAAACUGGUGGCGACUCGAGCUCCGCACUUGGUCUUCAAAGCGGCCUCGGAGGUGCUCGUGAAAACUUUCAAGUUCGUGAAAAAUGUGCCGUGUUUUCGCGGUUUGCCGGCGGAGGAUCAGCUGCGGCUGGUGCGCAACAGCUGGGCGCCGCUGCUGAUUUUGGGCAUGGUGCAGGACUCCGUGGACUUCGACACGGUGGAGACGCAGCAGCCCAGUCUGUUGCACAGGAUUUUAACGCACAGCAAGGAGCGGCAGCAGCGCGCUCCGGCCGAGAUUCAACACCCGGGGGUGCCUGUCAGUGACGCCGAGGGGAUCAAGAUGUUUCUGGUCAGGUGUAGGGGACUGAGGAUCAGCGUCAAGGAGUACGCCUUCCUGAAGGGAGCGAUACUGUUCACCCCGGGGUACCAGACAUCACUCCAUCACCCUGUGCGUAAUCCCUGGCUGCAUGUGUCUCCCUGUGUGUCUCCAUCCUGCAGAGGUGACGGAGUUGGAGUGUCGGGACUACAUCCAGGCGCUCCACACGGAGGCAGAGCGCGCGCUUUACGAGCACGUGAGGACGGCGUGCCGCGGCAACGUGGGCCGGUUCGGCAGGCUGCGCGCGGUCCUGAGCACGCUGCGGUCCAUGGACCCGGAGGCGGUGGCGGGACUCUUCUUCAGACCCGUGGCCGGGAGGAGCAGCAUAGAUGAACAUGUGCUCGCCAUGUUUUAUGAGCGGUAGAGACAAAAUUAGGGAAGACAUUUGGGACUGGGGUUUAAUUUCAUGCCAUCAUGCAGGCUAUUUAUUUACCUGUUUAUAUUGUUCUUUUAAUUUUAAAACCUCUACUGUCAGCUUUCAUUUAUUUAUUUAUUCAUGAGGACUCUGAGGACCACUGCAGACCCAAUGAAAAAGAUUUCCUGGCACAUUCCAGUCCUAAAGUAUUCAGACCUGAACAAAUCCCCUCCUUUUUUUUACUGUGACACAAGGUAAGACUCUAGAAAGCAGGGUGGGAAUGGCAUCUCAAUAAGAGCAUUGCUUACAUAACAAAAGUGUAAUAAAAGCAUCUGUCCAAACACUGACACACCUUAUUCACAAACACCUCCUUCAGCUCAAUACAGCCAUCGAUAA